AUGAAGGGAACGAUGGAGAAGGAUGGCGAGACAGAUAUAGGGGAGGAGGUGAUGGUUCAGGCUCCUCCUCCUCCCUCGUCUCCUAGCAGCCUCGAAGUUGAUCAUCCAAGUCAUGCUGAAGGCAUGCCACACAAUGGAUUGGAAACGAAGGGACCCAACGAGGGGAGCGGAGCAGAAAGAGAGGCUGACCCCCUUGAUGCUGGAGUAGGGUUUCCAGCGGGAAGGAUUCGAGGUCUGUUCGUGCCGGGGAGCAUUACCGAAACUGAGUUUCUCCCACCAGAUGCCCUUCGGGAUGGAGGAUACGCAUCGUGCGUGAGGGAGGGGGCAGCGGUGUACCUCUCAGCAGUACUCGACAAGGUUACAAAGAGGAUCUUCGAGAAGGUCUUCAUGAGCGAGCAGGACGGGCCCGGGUCUCCCGAUGGGUUGUCCGACAGUGACAUGAAGCGGCAAAUGAAGAGCAGAAGGAUUGCGCCGAAAGAGAUUCACCGCGCCAUCUUUGACGACGAGGACUUGCGGAGAUGUCUAGCGUCGUUCGCCUCUGACCCCGAAGAUGGUUUCGCAAAGGAGUGCCUGUCGGGGAAAUGCUUCGCGAUCGAGAGCGAACGUCCUCCUGACGUCAACAAUCUCAGCGAGUCUUUGAAGGAGCUUCUGGAGCAGCAUCAGAUCCCCGUCAUCCGCUGCAGCGACGAUGCCUUGCAAGCUGUCAUGAGUCGGGUUAAGAGCAUGGCCUCGGCCUCCCCGGAGAAGCACAAGCUCGCGCAGCUGUUUGCUGAGUUCUCUCACUUCACCCUCAAGCAGUACUCGGCUCAUAACCUUACUCUGCAGGAUGACGAGAGUGUUCAGCCGUCAGCCAUCACGUCGACCGGUGAGGUCAAGGGCUGCAAGUUGGGAACGUGGUGGGCAGGCGUUAAGAGGAGGGAGAGGGAGGAUUCUGUCUUUGCUGCGUUUGGCUGCGCUACCGAGUUUGGUUGUUUGCAUGGCGAGAUCAGCGAGGACGACCUGCACGCUUUCCUCGAGUUUGUUGAAAACUCUUACACCUCGUCGGCCUUCCCCUCAAACAAGUUCCUGAUGAUCUACAACUACCACCGCAAGGCGGUGCAAUCCAGCGAGGCCGAGCGGAUGCGGGACGACGCCGUGAUCAUUGCCAUGCUGAGAAUCGCGUCAAAAGUUAACAACAUCGUGUGGUUUGCGCAGGAGGCCUCUGGCUCGAAAGGUCCCAACCUGGAGAGAGAAAUGUCGGCGAUAUCUACCAACAUUCUCUAUGAAAACUUCAAAGACGUCAAGAACCCUCUCGUAAAGAUCCUCCUCAACAACCACUCGUUCCCCAAGACGCGCUGCAAGGUGGUGGCAAACGGCGACGACCUCCUGCCGCUGGCGGAUCUCUCGUCACCCCUCAGCAGGAACGUGCUGGGCUCCGUCUUCCUCCACCUCUCGCUCUGGGGGGGUCGGCACCACCAGGAGCUCAAGCUCGUCAUAGUCAGGCUCCUCGUAGCUCGAGUGUACAUCAAGUUCUAUACCAACGUUGGAGAGUAUUUCCACAAUUUCAUCGCCUACCCCAAGGCAGGAACGGGAUGA